AUGAUUUACAGCCAAUCAAUCAGUAUCUAUUCACAAAUUUUCAAUACACAAUUGGCCAAAGAUGAUAAAUUCUUUAUUGCACUUUACACGGUGCCUGUCCAUACUAAUGCUUUAUUAUCGCAGUUGCAAGCUAAUUGUCAAACGGUGGGGUCUUCUAACAUAUCCGGCAAUAACGUUAAUGUGUUGCAAGUGAUGUUUUUGCAUGGUGUGAAACUAUUAUCGGAUGCCAUGUGUUAUCCAGAGGAAGAGACCGAAAGUGUCAUUCCCCCAGAUACCAAGGAUUCGCUAGGUUUGAAAAGGGACUCUGAGUCUAUUUUGAGUGGUGUUUCUCCUCGUCCUGAAUCGGUGCAUUCGGAGUUUGACCAAGGUGGUGAGGAUAUCACGUCUUUAAGCGGAAAAGUACUGAAUAGUUCGAAUCUGCAUUUCUUAAGUGAGUACAGCGAGGGGGAUGAUAUUACUACGCUAAACGGAAAAAACAGCAGUAGAAGAGGAAGUAAUAUAAGCGAUUCGUCUAAUCAGAAGCCAAGUCUUCCAAAAAUCAAUAGUCAGCCUAUUUCAUUAAAUUCGGGAAAAAAUGCCUUUGAGCAUAUUGAUGAAGGUUUGAGGAUUGAAGUGAUAUGUAACAUAUUGAAGACGCUCUCAGCCUGGUUCAAGAACAUAAAUGCAACAAACAAAACAUUACGUAAAUCGAAGAAUAGUCUUGGUGUAUUGCAAGAUGUUGAUUUUUUAACUACGCUAUUUCAGUUGACCAAUAGUAAUUCUUCCUCCAGUCUUGAUGAAACUCACUUGCAUAAACUAUUAAAGAUAUGCGCAUGGUACCUAAAUUAUGCCAUGGCUUACGUGGAAGACAACCCGGCCUUGCCUGAGUACAAAAAUUUGGGUAUUGUAAAAGAAAUCAUUUUUCUUUUAACAGACACAUUGAAAAGCAUAUUUGCGUCAUUAUUAUAUCAUAAAGAUUCCAGUAUGGAAUCAGCAAUAACAGAAAGUCUUCUUUUCACAUUUUUCAAAGUUGACUUCUGUAAAGUACUCGAUAAAUUGCUAAUUAUCACAACACCAAAAUUGGUUGGAACAGAACUGGAAAACGAAACGCAAUACAAACUUCCAGAUAUUGCUUUAUCAUCUGAAACGCUAAUGAAGUUGUACAACUUCAUUGGAGCAUUAGUAAAUGUUCCAUCGCGAUAUUUACCAGUCCCUACCACUUCGCUUUCAGGUGAGAUCACCAUCAUGAAUAAAGAAUCGCUGAAUAUUUAUGAACAUUACUUUUGCGACUUAAAAGAAUUCAAUGAAGUUACUUUCAAUCAGGAAAUUAAUCUGCGCUUCUUGCCACAUUACGCCAUUGAUUUCAAUUUCUACUAUAAUUUUAAGCCUGAUUUAUUGAUGAAUCAAAUUAAAAGUGGAUCUUUCAUGAACUGGAUUACUGGCAAUAGAUUUAAUGAUAACUUUUACUUGAAUUACGAUACAUGUGCAACUGUUACUAGUUUGUCAGCGAAUUAUCAAUUUUUCAAUCUAGCGGAAACUUCUGAAAAAUACUCGUUCAUAGAUGAACUUCAAUCAAUUGAAAAACGAAGACUGAGUCAACUAAACCAAAAUAAAGGUGAUGAUGAAGAUUAUAUUAUUGACAUUUAUGAAUUAUUACCCAUGUCACUAAUGCUAUUUUCAUACAUUAAGAACCCUACUUUUUUGGAGCAAUUUACAAAUCAGGUUCAUAAACUUGAACAUAGAAUUGAAGAUAUUACACCGAGCGAUAAUGCAUAUGUUGAAAUUUAUGAAAUAUGGUUAUGUGUAUUAUCUUACACGUUCCAAUAUCAACACAAAUCAAUUCUAUUACAAGCAAAUACGCAAAUUUCGUUGCUAGUUUUAUUAGAACUAACAUCGCAUCACAAAAUGAUUAAUAAUAGAGAGGAGCCGCAUCUAGUCCUUGACAACAUUAAGAACUACCAAAUAAAUGAGUUCAAAUGGAAGCUUUGUCAUCAGAGAUUGCCGAUAGUUCCAACUAAUAUUGGUAAAGAAGGAUUUAAAUCAAGUUUGUUUUAUAUUCUAGACACAUUGCAAAUAUUUAUUAGAUUCAACCUUACGAAAAGAAUUAACUUAUUCAAUUUUAAAUUAGUCAAUGCUAUAAUUUAUCAAAUCAUACAAGAGUUCAAUAACACACAAUCAGAAACAUUGGCCAUUGAUAGUUAUCCAUGGGGUGAAUUCUUUAAGUCUUUAACAAAUCUAUUGUUAUUUAUAAAGAAACAUGAUCUAGUGGCCACAAAACAUAUUACCGAUUUGGGGAAUGUCAACAAAUUGAAAUCAUUAGUAGAAGAAAUCUUGAUAAUAAUUGAUCUUUUGCUAAAUGAAAAAUUCUGUAAUAUAAUACAGAUGACUAAUGAUGUGCAGAGUUCGGGGAGCCAUAUUUUAAAAUCUAUCAAUUAUGAGUUACUCUAUAUUAUAUUAUUAAACUACCAACUAGUUGAUAAUUUGAUGAAGGAUUUUUCUUUGGAAAAUGCACAUCAUUUACCUAAUUUACGAAAUUGCAUGGACUUCUUGGAUAGUAAAUUUCAUUUAACUGAAGAAUCGAAACAAAACGAAGAAAACAAAUCUAAAAUAGACUUGAUUGACUUCGACUACGAUUCUCCAGUUCUAAUCAAAGAAUUAUCAGAAUACGCGAAGCACCCAGCUACUGAAAAUAUCGACUCUCAAGUAGUAUACAAAUAUAAAGAUACAUUCAAGUGUAUCAACGCGUCAGAUGUCAUGAGUGAUUCACAAAAGUUGAAAAUAAUUAACAUAGCACUUGAAGUUUACUAG